AUGAAGAGACAAGGGAUUGCUGGGAAGAGCGAGGAAAGUCUCUCUCUUUCUCUCUCUUUCUCUCUUUCUUCUCUCUGCUAUUAUUAUAACAAAACAAGGAGUCCUCCUCUCUCUUUGAAUCGUUCUUUCAUUUUCAGUCUCUCUCUCGUUCCCCCUCAUUCUUGCUCUUUGGUAUUUCGUUAUUUCACUCACUCACUCACGUUCGCUCUCUGUCUCUUCCUCUAUUUCAUUCUCAUUCGUACACAUGCAGUCUUUCUGUUAUCUCGUCUCUCCUCCUCAUUUUUACACAAGCUACUCUCUCUCUCUCUCUCUCUCUCUCUCUAUCUCCAUGUAACUCGUACUUACUCUCUCACUGUUGUAAUCUCUACUCUUUUUCUCAUUCAUCCUCGGUCUUACAAAUACUCACCCUCUCUCUCCAUAUCCUUUCGCCACACUUUUAUAUAUUCCCUCUCUUUCACCCUCCCUCAUUCCUACUAUUAUAAACCUUUUCAAAUUCACUCUCCUUUCUUUCUCAUUUUCUCUCUUUCUCCCUCUUACUCGGCAUCCUCCUUCUCCUCCUCAAACUUACAAACUUUCUCCUUUUCUUUCUUUCUUUCUCAAACUCGCUAUGUUCCUCCUCCGCACUCACACACGCUUUCUCUUUUUCUCUCUUACUCACUCUUACACGCUCUCCUCCUUCUCCUCACUCUUACACACUUUCUGCUUUUCUUUCUUUCUCUAUCUAACACGCAUCCCCCAUCUCCUCCUCACAAACUUUCUCCUUUUCUUUCUUUCUCCAAUACGCUAUGUUCCUCCUCCUCACUCAUACACGCUUUCUCUUUUUCUCUCUUACUCACUCUUACACGCUCUCCUCCUUCUUCUCCUCACUCUUACACACUUUCUGCUUUUCUUUCUUUCUUUCUCCAACACGCUAUGUUCCCCCUCCUCACUCAUACACGCUUUCUCUUUUUCUCUCUUUCUCCCUCUUACCCGGCAUCCUCUUUCUCCUCCUCACAAACUUUCUCCUUUUCUUUCUUUCUCCAACACGCUACCUUCCUUCUCCUCACUCAUACACGCUUUCUCUUUUUCUCUCUUACUCACCCUUACACGCUCUCCUCCUCCUUCUCCUCACUCUUACACACUUUCUGCUUUUCUUUCUUGUUCCUCCUAUGUUCCUCCUCCUCACUCAUACACGCUUUCUCUUUUUCUCCCUUUCUCCAUCUAACCGGCUCUGUUUUUUUCGUUCUUUCUCACUUACAAACAAGGGGACUUCCUCACUGUUACACAGUUUCUCUUUUCUCUCUUUCUCCCCCUUACACGUUAUCCUCCUCUCCCCCUCACUUUCUGUUUUUCUCUCAUUCUCCAUCUAACACGUUAUCUUCCUCCCCCUCACUAUUAUACGCUUUUUUCCUUUUAUUUUCUCUAACACAAUAUCUUCCUCCUCCUCACUCAUACACGUUUCUCUCUCUUUCUACAUCUAACAAGCUAUCUUUCUCCUUCACACACUUAAACGCUAUCUCAUUUUCUUUCUACAUCUAA